AAACUGGAAUGUCGACGAUUUUAUGGAUUUCGGUGAUGAGAAACGGGCAAAAAUCUUGGGAGCACUCGACGAGGAUAUUGGAAAACUCGUCGGCGAGCUCGGUCCGAAUGAUCCAUUGUCAUUGAAUCUGAGAUCGGAUCUCCGACAAACAAAAGACGCUUUCUAUCAACUAGAACAACGAUCACAGAAGACACCUGAGCCCGACUUCUCUGAGCAAUUCGAUCAGCAAAUGACGACGAUUUUGCGGAAACUUGAUGACUCUUGGCGGGUUCUAACUGAUCGAAUCGGCCGCCCCGUUGAACGAUCCCUUGCCGAGCACGAUCAAACUUUAGAAGAACACAAACAUUUCGAGGAAUCACUUCAUUCUUUGGACUCCGAUGUAUCAACUGUCAAAGGACUCUAUUCGCAAAUCAGUGAUCCAACGGCCGCACAAAGGUUAAACCUCGAAAAGCUGAAAGAUCUUUGGGAAAAUCUGUGGGAUUUGGCGCGAAUGUAUGUGGAGAGAUUGAAAGUCCAAGAAGCUGUGAUGAAUGGGACGAAUCAAUUGACGGAAACGGCGAAAAAGCAUGAGAUCGCUCUCUGUAGCCACGACGAUUUGUCAAGCGAUUUGCAAAAGAUGGCGAAAAUUCGCGAGAAUUUAGUGGCCACGAAAAUGACUCUUGGCCAAGAGCAAUGGCUGCUGGACUCGUUGAACGCUCAGGUGGCUGCUUUGAGGCAACAUGUCAUCAGGACACGCCAACACAUUCCAACACAUCCUGAUGUGGACCAUGUCGAGGACGAGGCCCAACAACUCAACGUUCGUUGGGAGAACAUUUGUGUACAGAAUCGAGAACGCUUGGAAACGGUGGAGAAAACGAUGCAAACGAUGGUGUUCGUGCGAGGAGAGCUGCUCAAUGAAAUGACAUGGCUCGAAAAGGUCGAGAAAACGAUCGAUCAACUGCGUCGGCCUGAGGAGUUACGUUCGAAUGAGUUGCAACAGCAAUUGGAUAUUUUGGCUCAAGAGUACUCUCAAUUACAGGAAAGAACAGCCGCCAUUGAAGCGCUAAAUCGCGAGGGUGGAAAGUACAUUCGUGAGGCAAAACAACACGAUUUGAGAAUCGAUCAGUACACGGAUGGGGUCAUCAGAGUGCACGGAUCGGGAAUAAGGGAUCUGUUCACGAGAGCCAUUCCCCAGCCGAUGAAUGGAGCUCAAACUGUCGCGAGUGAGCUCGAGAUUUUGAAUAAACGCUUCGCUCAACUUUCGUCGAUGAUUCUCGAGAAGCAAAAUCGAGUUCAAAUCAUGGUGCAAACGUACAAGAGGAAACAACAGGAAGAAGCCCUCAAAGAAUGCCUUGAACGCCAAAAAGAUCUUGACUCGGCGAUUGCCGGUCUGGGAAAUCUCGAACAAACGAUUUACCCGACAAAGUUGAAUCUUCAAUUGAAUCAGGAAAGGCCAGAGGAUGCGGCUAACGAAGUUCAGUCCGUGAAAGCCUCUCUUGACGAGUGGGCGUCAAGAGUGCGCGAACAACUCGAAAUGGCGGAUCGUUUAUGCGCCGAGCAAGUCGACCAACUGCCACCCGAUCAGUACGCAAUUCUGAAGCAGAAGAGAGAUGAGCUGGCAAAUGUCUACGAGAAUACAGUGAGGAAUGUGGAAAUGGUUUAUGAGAGACUGCACGCGAUCACUCAGCUACUCAUCGAGUUCUCCACUCAUUCCUCAUCGAUGCAAUCGUGGAUCACCGAUGCGACGCGGAGAGCUGGAGAUAUUAAAGCCUCGUCAGCUGAUCCGUCGAAUAUCGUCGAGCAACGGGCAAAGGCUAAACAAUUACAGGAUGAAGUAGCCGGUGGAGAGCCUCGUUUGAAGCAAAUCGGCUCAAUCGUUACUCGGAUCGAGGCAGAAAUCGCGGCGAUGCACGAAAGUGUCCCACAAGUGCAGCUGGGUGGAGUGAAUGGAGAUGAAGUGAAGAAAACGUUCUACCGAGUAGAGGAUGACUACAACGAGCUGCUGAGACAGUGCCAAGAUCUGUCGUCCUUCCAAAAUCGAGUCGCCGCACUUGGAAAUGAUGUCGCUGAAAGGGCUGGACGUGCGGACAACUGGUUACGUCAACUCGAGAAUCAACUGAAUGACCUCUUCGGGAAGAAAGGAGUUCCAGUGGAAGAAAGACUGAGAAUCGCGGAUGAGAUGAAUCGACGAGUGGCUGAUGAGCAAUCACAAUUAGAUGAUGCGGAUCAAGCGGCAAUGAAACUGCUGGGAAUUCUCGAAGGAACACCCGCCUACGAUGAAGUGAAAGAGAGGCACCAGAAAGAGCACAAUGAAAGGAGGAAGAGACACAGUCUUGUACUCGAUCAACUCCAACGAGUCGUCAACGAAGCAACAACGGAACAAGCAAUCGGUGAAGGGGUCAAAGAUGCGGUCAAGGGAUUAGGAGAAUGGGCUGAUCAAUGGGAGGACAAGAUGUCCCAGCAACAUCCAAUCCCCUUGAAACAAGAUCUCUUGUCAACGCUGAAGAAAGAGGAACAGUUGGAGCACUCAGAAGCCGAUGCAAGACGUGCCUUAGCUGAUCAACUUGAAAAUGAGGUCCGAAAGCUCUCCACAACGAAUCCAUCAUUGGUGGAAAAAGAGGGUUUAGAGGAAAAACUCGGGGCGACAAAGAGAAAGUUGGCAAAAGCGAAUUCUUGGCAUCAAGCUUUCCAAGACAACGUAAACGACGCACUGAAAGGAGUGAUCGAUUUGGAGAAUCGAACGGAUUUAAUCCAACAACACUCGAAUCUCUUGAUGCAACAAGUGAAACCGAUUCCACCGAAGGAUCUCGAAAAAAUCGAAGAGGCACGAAACUCGUUGAGAGCGUUAGGAGAAGAGACAAUCGAGGCGGGCAAAAUCCUCGGGAAACUUCUGCAAAUCCCGGCUGUCACUGAGACGGAUCAUGUCGAGAAUUUGAUGAAAGAAGCUGGAGCAAAGGUCGACGCGGUGGCUCAAGCCGUUGAAGAUAAAGCGCAAAAAGCGGCAGAGUUAAGCGAAUUGGACAAGAAGUUCUCUAAACUCAAGGAGGAAUUCGGGAGCUGGUUGAACGAUUUGGAUGAGACAGUUUCCUCUUUAUCUCCUUUAUCCUCAACAUCGGAUGGCUUGAAAGAGCAACAAAAAGAGUGCUCACAGUUGAGAGAUCAAUAUGCAGAAGGAGCACAACCUUUAGAAGAAUUGGAAAGGUUAUCGAUUGCCAUUGCUGAGCUAGAGACGAUUCCUGGCUCGAGAAGCAGCAGUAUUCCAAGAAAUGUAUUCGAUCUGAGAUCUCGCUACGAUCAACUGGGAUCACAAAUCGAUGGACGAGCUCAGAAAAUCAACGAACAACAAAAACAAGCACAUCAAUUCGAGGACAAAGCCGCCGCUGUGCAACAAUGGAUCAAAGAGCAGAGGGGAAAGCUGGCGAAUGAGUUCCCGUUGGAUCUCUCAGCUGAUGGAGUGAAAUCGUCGAAAGAACGCCUUGAACACCUCCAAAAGGAAAACCGAGCCGGGCAAAGAGAGGUUGCGAUGCUCGAGAAAGCAAUCGAAAUGGAAUGGGAAGCAUUGCAAAAUCAACAGGAAGCGACAAGGAAAAAGUUGGAGGAUGCCGAGAAAAUCGUGGAUGGCGUGAACCAAUUGGAUCGUUGGUUGCAUGGAAAACAGCGGUUGAUUGACUCUGUUGGUGCUCCUUCUACUGAUUCUCAUAUGGCAAAAGGACAAAGGGCACAAAUUGAUAUGUUAAAGAUUGACACCGAAAACGAGCGCCUUAACAUGGAAAAGCUGAAAGAUUUGGCGGAAAAGCUCGGCGAUUCGGCGACAAAUGAUGGAGAUAAGGAGAUCAUACAAAAACAAAUCGAUUUGCUGAACGAUCGCUGGGGAUCGCUGAAUGAUGGAUUGGAGAAGAAAGAGUCGAAUAUUUCGAGAGCAGCUGAACUCGGCGCUGAGAUUGCGCAGAUCAACAAGGAGAUCAAAAAGAAACUCGGCGAGCUGGAGCACGAGGUGGACGCAGUUUCCCGUCUUCCAUCAACAGAAAUCAAUCAACAAUUAUCCAAACUGGACGAGUUGAAAAGAAGAGAAGGAGAAGUGAAUGAGUUGUUGGAGAAAUUGGGGGAAAAGGUAAAGAAAGCCGAUGAAUAUGCGGUUGAUUCGACGAAUCAAACGGAAAUCGCCGAAGGAUUGUUGAAUGCAAAGACGAAAACGGCUGAGUUGGACAAGAAGAUCGACUCGGUGAAGCAAGCCGCUCUUUCCGUCAAAGAUCAAGGAGAUCUCUUGGAUCGACACGUUGAUGGACUCUUGGAUUCGAUUCAGUUAUUGGCACUGGAUAUCAAUAAUUCUCCACCAAUUUGCGCUGACAAGGAAAAGCUAUUCGAUGAGAUUUCCCGUUUUUCUCAUUUGUAUGAUGAGAUUUUGGGAAAAGAAGGAGAUAGAAGAGCCAGUUUGGAUAAGGUGAACGACCUUGUCAAGCAAUUCAUUGACCAAGAGGCCACACUGAAGAAUCAUUUGGUUGGCGAUGAGCAAGGAUUGGCUAAAGCUCAAGAAGAGGCUCAGGGUGAGAUCCCGAACACCGAUGGAUUGUUGACAUUAGAGGAGAAUCUGGAACGACGAGCUCAUGAAGCCGAUACGCUGGAUAAUUUGGCUGACAGAAUUGAAAAGCUUGCCCCAGGCCCAGAUGCUCGACAUUUGAAGCGAGGCGCCGAGAAUCUGUGCGAUGAUGUGAGAGCGUUAUCGAAAAAAGCGAGAAAUGGAUUGGCGGCUGUGCAGAAGAAGAUCGAUCUGCGCACCAAAUUCGACAAGUUGAUCGACGAGAGCACAGCGUUUGCCGAGGGAAAAGAGGCAGAACUUGAAAAGGACAAGGAGAUGAUCAAUAGAGAAAGAUUGCAAGCAAAACUCUCCGAAGUCGAGUCGUUUUGGGGGAAAACUGGUCGAGAAUUGAAACAACUUGGGCAAGAUUUGAAGCAAAUUCUGCCCGAUGAAGCCCAUCAAUCCAUCGAUUUGCCAAUUGAGGAGCUGGGAGAGAGAUUCGAGGGAUUGAUCGAGAAGAUGAGAUUGAUCGAUUUGACGCUAAACGAGAAACGCAAAGAGGCCGAGAAUGUGAAAGAGAAAACGAUUCGAUUAGCGACAAGGCUGAACUCUUUAUACUCGGAUUUAAACGAUUUGGAUCCGAUUGGGCGAAGUUUGGAUGAGUUGCAAAAGCAGAAUGAACAAUGCGACGAGAUGAAUGCGGAGCUAAACGACAGGGAAAACGAGUUGAAUUCGAUCAAUGACUUAUGGAAAUCAGCUCUGAACAUCCAAGCCGUCACCCCCGAGCAAUUGGCAACAAAUCAACAACAUUUGGAUGACAUGAAACGGCUAAUCGCUAAAGGGAAACGAAAACUUGGCGAUCGUUUCAAGAAAAUCGGGUCAAUCGAGGAGGAUUUGAAGCGAAUUGAAAAUGAAUCGAAAGCUGUUAUCGAUGACGUGAAUCGCUUAGCUGAACAUGAUGCGCUGAAGAACGAGAAUGGAUUGACUGAUCCGAAAGCAAGAGCUGAGGAGCUCCGUCAACUCAAAGAUCAACUCCGACCGGUGUCCGAGCGAGCCGACAGCGUGCAAGCCGAGUGUAAAGCUUUGAUCAAAACAGCAUCCCCGGAUGCGGAUACAAAGCAAUUGUCCUCUACCCUAGCUGAAGUCUCUCGAGCAGUUGAUGGGAUCAAUGCCUCCAUUGGCGCCAAACAAUUGGCUCUGGAUGCUGCCGUGCAACAAAUGGGAAGCUAUAACGAUGCACAAAGGGACCUCCAAAACUGGCUCGAGGAGACCGAGGAGCUCGUUGGGAAUCAAAAAAUGCCAUCUUCUGACGCGAAAGUUGCAAAAGCGCAAUUGCAAAGCUACGAUGUGCUACUAAAACACAUUGAGGAUAAAGAAACGAGUGUCGACGGUUUCCGUGGGAUGAUCGGCAAGCUCGCGAACAUCGCCUCAAACGAUGACGAGAAGAAAGCGCUGGCUGCAAAAGCUGACGAGAUCACAAAUCGAUACGAAGACUUGCUGGAAGGAGCUCAAAAGGCUCAGGCUCGCCUUAGAGAUACGGUGGAUUUGGCGGAGAAAUUCACGCACGAGUUGGCCCCAUUCGAGCAAUGGUUGCAACAAGUCGAGAAAAAAAUCGGUCAACUCGGCAACGUUCCGACUGAUUCGGAGCGCUUGGGCACGCAAAUUCACGAAGUGGAAGAGAUUCGCGAUGAGAUCGAUAAGAAAAACGAUGUGGUAGACAAGAUUUGUCAGCUUGGCCCAGCUUUGGCCUCAUUGGUGAGCGUUGAGGACGCUGGGGAGUUGGAGGCGCAAAUCGGCAACGCCACCGCGAAACACGGGCAGUUGGCUGAAAGAGCCGAACAAUGCCAUCUAUCACUUCAUGCGAUGGGAGAGCUCAUCUCCGAUUUCGAGCAGGACAUGACCGAACUCGCCACCUGGCUAGACCAAAUCGAACAAGACAUGGCUGGUGUUGAAGAAUUGCCGAUAAAUCCAGAGGAAUUGGUUGAACAAACGAAUUUGUUAUCGGAACUCGUCGAAUCGGUGACCGAACGAGACGCUCUUGUGGCAAAUGUGGUGAGAGUGGGAAAAACUUUAUGCAAAGCGACGACAGCCGACGAGGCCCUGGCUUUGCAAGGAAAAAUCGAUGGAUUAAAGAAUCGCUACGUUGCUGUGGCCAAUUAUGCGGAUGAGAAGCUCGGUCAACUUUCGAAGGCGAUUCCCUUGUCGGAUCGAUUCCACGAGGGGAUUGAAAGAGUCAUGGAAUGGGUUGAAGCUGUUGAGGACGAUCUCCGGCACAUCGAUUCAGUCGAUCUAGACACACAACAACAGUUGAUACACGGAAUUGAUGAAGAUGUGACACAGUGGAGACCUGAGGUGGAAGAACUCGUCGCGGUCAGCUCUCAACUCCAACAGUUGGCCGGUCCCGAACGUGCUGAAGAACUCUACGCCCAUACACAGGAAAUGCAAAGGAGAGUGAAUCUCAUCGCUGAUCAGGUCGGUCGUCGAGCCGAGCGCCUUGACUUGGCCGAACGACAAUCCCGAGCCGUCGUUGAAGAGUUGGAAUUCGUUUUGGAGUGGUUGAAUGACGCGAAAGAGAGAGUGAUGAAUGCGGCUCCUUUAGCAAUUGAUCCCGACUAUUUAAAGGCCCAACUCCGGAAUCAAAAGCUCCUCAAUGAAGAUUUGAGUGUUCAAAAGGCUCGUCUACGAGACGCGACAGCUGAAUGUCGAAAAGUGGCUCGACAAAUUGGACCUGAAGGUGGACAGGAUGCGUUGCUCUUGGAAAAGGCUGAAGGUGCCCGAGAGUUAGCCGACGAGGUUUCCCAUGUUUGCGCUGAAAGAACCGAGGCUUUGGAACAAGCUCUUGCACUAGCUGAACAAAUCGGUGCCUCGUUCGACGACAUGAGCAUCUGGUUGGAUCAAGUUGAGGAUGAGCUAGCCAAUCAACCGGCUGUCACCACAGCCACACCACCACACGAAUUGUCCAAACAGCAACAGCACAAUAUUGAACUCUCAGCGGUGAUCGCAGCGCAGCGUCCACUUGUUGAACGCUUUGAGAAAGACGUUCGAGCGCUCGUCGACUUGGUCGGUCAAGAAGACGCUGUUGCACUGGAACAGAUUUACGACCAAAUCGUCGGCCGUUUCCAAGACGUGCAAAAACAAGUGAAAGAGCGUGGUGAAGGAAUCGACUCGAUUCUCGACGUUACAGAAGCAUUCGGAAAUCGUUUGGAUGUUUUCCUGGCGACACUCGAGGGAGCCGCCGAGUCACUGCGCCAGCCAGCAGCCGUUUCUGCUGAUCCAGGCCUCCUGCAGAAUAGAAUCGCUGAAAAUGAGGCUUUGUUAGACUCGCUGAAGGAUAAGGAGAAUGCCUUAGCGGCGAUGAAAGAACGAGCGGCUGAGUUGCUGGCCAGAGCUCAGCCUGGUGAUGAUGCGGCUUCUGAGGUUGCUGCUAAAAUCCAGGCGCUUGAACAACUGUGGAAUGAGAUCGGUGAUGGUGCGCAGAUGAGAGGAGCUUUUUUGCAAGAUGCACUUGCUAAGGCGAACCUUUUCUGGAACGAGUUGGACAAUUGCCAGAAAGCGAUUGAUGAUUUAAAGGCACGUUUGGAAACAAUCGAGCCAGCAAUCGGCCAGCCCGAAAGAAUCCGUGAACAACAAAAUGGAAUGAUCGAGAUCGAGAAAGGAGUACAGACGACAAAGCCGAGGAUCGAGAAUCUGAGAUACGCUGGCGCAGCUUUGUUGGCGAUUAUCCCAGAAGAAGAGCAAACAGCUGUCGAGCAACAAGUUGACAUGAUCGAUCGAGGAUUUGACACGAUUACAAAGAUGUUUGCUGACAAGAGUGUCCAUCUGGGGAAAGCCAUGGAGCAAGCAAUGGGCUUCCACGAAGAUUUAGCUGCAUUGAACGAGUUUUUAGAUUCAGCUGAACAGCGCCUUCAAUCAAUGGGCCCCGCCGAGCAGAUGGCUGUGCACGAGAUUCAACCGAGAUUAGAGGAGCUGCAACUGUUCAGAAUUGAGCUCGAUGAUCAUGCGAUGUUGAAAGAGCAAAUCAAUCAGACGGCUCAAGGAUUAGUGGCCGGAGCACCAGCUCAUCAAACAGCUGCUGUCAGGAUACCGAUUGCAGAGUUGAACGGUCGCUGGUCUCGUCUUUACGGUGAUAUCGCCGAUCGGGAGCAUAAGAUUGAACGAGCCAUGCUGGAGAUGGGAAGACUUGGUGAAGCUGUGGGACAACUGACUGCAUGGAUUGAUAAAACACAAAGUACCAUCGACGAGCUGGGCGCUCAUGCUCCAACGAAUCUGCGAGCUGUCGAGAUCGCUCAAUGCAAGCUGGCCGUCGUUAACAAUGAUAUUCACGCUCAUGAGCCAAGCAUCAAAUCGAUCAACGCCUCAGCUUCAAAACUCCGUCAAAGCAGCGAUCCAUCAACGCUGAAAGAAGUGAUGGGAAUGAACGAAAAGUGGAAGAAUUUGCAAGAAAGCAUCGGCAGUUUGGGAGCCGGAUUAGAGAGGGCAAAAGGAGCUGCAGAGGAUAUCGGCGGUGAGAUGGAACGUUGGCUGGCGUAUGUGGAAGAUGUUGAGGCACAACUGGCAACAACGAAACCGACUGGGGGACUUCCUGAAACAGCGAAACAACAUCUCGAGGAUUUCCUUGGAUUAAAGGAUGAGAUUGAGGGCAACACUCCAGCUCUGGAAGCUCAUGUGGUCAUCACUGAAGACUAUCUGACAGCCCAUCCUGAAGACGAGGGAUCGUGGAUUGGAAAAAGUGCGCACACACUCAGACACAAGUGGAAUCGUUGCAAAGAUUUGCUGCUCGAUCGCGAGAAGAAGCUAUCAUUGGCGCUAGAGGAGGCGAUCGCUUUAGAGGAAUCGAUGCAAUCCACGUCUCAAUGGGUCACCAAUAUGGAAGAAGCUUUAGCUGCUGUGUCACCAAUCGGUCGCCUACCCGAGGUACUGGAACGACAAAAAGAUGAGCAACAACACAUGGCCGAUGAAGUGAAUGAGAAAAAAGCGGCAAUGGCGGAAAUGCAAGCAACCGGCACUCGGAUGCAAUAUUAUUGCGAGAAAAAGGAUGCGAUUCCAAUAAAGAAUGGUUUAGUCUCGUUGAGGCAUCGAUUUGAGAAAGUUGCACAGAAAGUCGCUGAGAGGGGAAAGCAACUCGACUCAGCUCAAGCUGAGACAGAUGCCUGGCUGGAAAGUGCCAAAGAUUUGGAGUUCUGGAUGGCGGAAAUGGGAGUGAAAUUGGAAGAAGAAAUCCCUACGACAGCCAACCAUCACAAGUUGUUGGAGUUGAGGGAUGAGGCGAAGGAAGCUAAACAAGAGCUGAUUGGCAAGAAGCCGGAAUUCGAGGCUGUCCGUCGGAGGGGACAAUCCGUCGGUGAUCAUGCCCCAAAAACGGAACGUAAAGAGAUCGAGAAAAAAAAUGGACAGCUGAAAAAGGAUUGGGAUCAAUUAGAGAAAGUGGCCACGGAUAGGCUGAGAAAAGCUGAAGAGGCUGUUCUCGAGUCGGGCGCUUUCGAUGACGCCAUUGAGGACAUUGAGGCGUGGAUCGAUGCGAUGUUGCUCGAUGCGGAGACCGAUUCGGCGAUGGCGGGCACUAGGGUCCACGGUGACAUUGAUACGGUUCGCGAUUUGAUCGAAAAGGAAAACAAAAGAGGUGACGAGAAAGCAGCGAAGAAGAAACAAGUGGACAAGUUGCUGAAAAAAGCCGACGAAUUGAUUGAAAGAGGAGUUGAUGAAAAAGACGAUGUGAGAGAAUCGAAGAAGAGAUUGCAAGAGAAAUGGGAAGCGAUUGAAGCCGCAGCGAAUGCGCGAGCCGACGCGCUACGGAUGGCCAAAGAUGAGGCUGAAGAUUUCGACGCAAAAGCACAUGCGCUUCUCUCGUGGAUGGAUGAGAAAGAUGAGAAAUUGCGAGUGAAUAACAAGGAGCCGAAUCUCGAUAAAGCCAUCGAUGUGGCACAAGGAGUAGUGGAUGAGAUGAAGUUCGAAGAACCGAGAAAAGAGGCUUUGCUAGCUCUCUGUGCUGCAAUCCAAACAAAAGCGCAUCCAGCAGCCGAGCAACCGAUGAGACACUGGAAUAAACUGUUGACGGCACGGUGGAAGGAAGUCGAGGAUCGAGCUCUCGAGAAGACUGUUGACUUGAAAGAGCAAAAACAGAAGAAUGAGGAGCGAGAGAAAGCGCUGAAGGAACUUCUCGCUUUCGUUGCCAAGAAACGCGAUCAACUGCUAGCGAUGAGCUCUGCGCCGACGCCUGAGGAUCUGACUACGGAAGAAGCCCUAAGAUGGGUGGAUAACAUGCUGCAAGCGUACGAGCAACUCGACUUUGAGCUCAACGAGAAACAACCCGAGGUGGACGACGCGGUAAAAGGAGGACAAAAAGCAAAAAACCCGAAAGCCAUUCAAUUGGGCGACGAGUGGAAACGUUUAUGGUUGGACGCGUUGGGGCACAAAAAUGCGUUGGAUGAAACGAAAGAGUUGCUAGAGGAAAUGAAACGAUUAGAAGGAUGGCAAUGGGAGGAUUGGAAAGAGAGAUACUGUGAAUGGAAUGAUCACGCAAAAGGUCGAGUGACUGAUUUGUUCCGAAGAAUCGAUCGAACCGCCACCGGAAAUGUGCCAAGACAAGCAUUCAUCGACGCUAUCAUCAAUAGUCGUUUCCCAACGUCUCGCUUGGAAAUGGAAAAAGUUGCCGAUUUGUUCGACAAAGACGCUUUCAUCAAUCACAAGGAUUUCAUCAAUGCGUUGAGAUUCGAUAAAAAUCGCCGAGCCGAGCCAAAGUCAGACAACGAGCGGAUCGCGAUCGAAAUCGACCGCCAAGUGCGCGGCUGUGCCUGCUGUCAACCGUACAAAAUCGAGAAGAUCAGCGAUGGGCAUUAUAGGUUCGGUGACACGCAAAUCCGGCGAAUGGUGAGAAUUCUUCGAUCAACGGUCAUGGUUAGAGUUGGCGGUGGAUGGGUGACACUGGAGGAGUUCUUGCGAUCACACGACCCGUGCCGGGCAAUUGGUCGUCGUUAUCAAGAUAUCUAUCCCGACGUCCGUCCAUCGAACGCCGUCGACACAAUGCGAGCUUUCACAAAAAAUCGGCACGCUAGAAUGUCCUCAACAGAUUCGGAUGGAGCACAAGUGCCGCCAGGAGCUCUGGGACCGAUUACGAAAAUUCGUGAAAAGACCGAGCGGAGCUUCCCGAUGUUCCCGCAUGGCCACGAUCAUCAAAGCCACGCACACAACGGCUCAUCAUCAUCGGUGUCAAAGCUGCGAGCCCCGUCCGACGUGUCGCUGGGUGAUUCGAGAAUCGGCAAGGGUUGGCCGGGUGGAAUCUCCCCAGCUGGCAGUCAGUCGAGUCUCGACCGGGGCAGUCGUCCGCCAAGUCGGGCAAGCGCCGACCCAGAGCGCUCCACGAGGAUUCCGUCGUUGCGCGGCAAAAAGGGAGUACGG